AUGAGGACUCUAAAUUUUAAUUUCCCCCCACUAUUAUCUUUUUCCCUCUUCCUCUUUCUUUCUUACAGCCGAAACGUUCAACCAGCCGCGUGCGACCAUCACCACCACCUCUCACUCCUUACCCUCUCCCUUUCUCUCAGCCUUUCAUCCACUCCCUCUCCAUGUCUUAUUCUUCUCCUCUCUUGCACGAAUGGCAGGCCUCACAAACGAAGGGUCGAAGGGGUGACUGAUGAACGACAGAGGUCAAAGGGGGCUCACGAACCAAAGGUAGUGGAGGACGGACGACGGCGAGUCCAAGGGUCACGAACCGAAGGGUCGAAGGGGUGGAGGUGUGUCUCAUGGUGGCUCAUUAGUUUGGCUCAGGAGCAUAUUCGCAAGGUCUUCUGGGGAAUCAAGAGACUUAUGACUUCAAAUUUUGUGAGACAAGUUGCAGGUUGCUGCUUCACUAACAAGGAAGGUGAUGCUCAUAUACCCAAUUACCCCAACUUGCCACCACAGUUAAUUUGUCAGCUUCACAUUGUGACUAUGCAUGGCUGGAUUAAAUUACUAAAAGAUACGGUGUUGCAAUUUUAAAGUGUGGCCAACCUUAAAGGUUCUACCAUUAUAGAUAGCAAGAAGGAAGCCAUCUUUUUGGAUUUGUUGGAAGCCAAAAGCAAAAUCUCCAGAUGGAGAUUGCCAUGACUCAUUUUUGGUAAGUUGCGCAGUGAGUGAUGAACCCAAAGAUAUGUUCCUUUGAGUUUGAUCAACACUAAUAGUGCUGCUGAUAGAGGAGAGCAGCAUCAAUAUAAAUAAGCUAAGAUAUAUUGUAUGUGAAGUAGUACUCAUUUUUGUGUUCUAAUGUAAUGGAAGUAUAAGAAAAACUACACAUCUACCUACAUAUAUAUAUAUUAUAUUUGUGUUGGUAAUUCCAUACUUAAUAAUGGUGACUACUUAAUUUCAAAAUCUCAGAAGAAGAAAAGUCUAUUUAUUUAAUAUGGCUUUGAUUUUUGGUGCCCUGUUUUUCUAUGUUAAUAAAUGUCCAUGUGGACUUUGAACA